CCGAUCAAACUCGCCUCUCUCUCAAACCUAACCCUAACCCUACCCUACCUCCUACUCCUCCUUCUUCUUCUUCUUCUUCUUCUUCUUCUUCUUCGUUGAUCUAGUCUAGUGGUGGAAAACGAGGUCGCUGCGUCGCCGUUAAUGGCGGAGGGGUGGAUCGCGCGCGGAUCAGGCCCGUGGAAGGAUAGGGCGCACGCGCUGCAGCUCCGGAUCCGGGACCGGUUCCGCGUGGCGGUGGAUCGCCACCGCCACUGGCGCGCCGAGUCCGAUUACUCCGCGGCGCUCCAGCGGUGGGCGCUCCGACUCCGGAGCCUGUGGAGGGAUCCUUCGUCUCUCGCUUCUUCUCCGUCUUCCUCUUCGUAUUCCUCUUCGGCUUCUUUUCGAUUCUAUCGCAAGAAAGUUGGGAAGGACGUCAAAUCCAUUGAUGACUCGAUUAUAGUCCGCUUUCUUCAAGCUUUGGCAGUUCCUAUAAUUGGCGGUGCUUGUCAUGUGUUUAUGCAUGGCCUCAACUAUGUUCAGAUAUAUGGUGCUGAAAAAUUACAUCAGGCGUUAUUAAAAAGACCUAAGGGCAAACCCCUUAUAACGGUUAGUAAUCAUGUGGCCUCCAUUGACGACCCAUUUGUGAUUGCGUCUCUGCUUCCGCCAAGUGUUAUGUUGGAUGCCCACAAUUUAAGAUGGACUCUCUGUGCAAGCGAUCGAUGCUUUACCAACCCAAUGAUGUCUGCCUUUUUUCGCUGUGUUAAGGUUUUACCUGUUUCUCGUGGUGAGGGCAUCUAUCAAAAGGGAAUGGAUAUGGCCCUGUCAAAGCUAAACAAUGGUGGAUGGGUUCAUAUAUUUCCAGAAGGAAGUCGCUCACGGGAUGGUGGGAAAACCAUCAGCUCUGCUAAGAGAGGUGUUGGCAGGCUGGUGAUGGAUGCUGAUGAUACUCCAAUGGUUGUUCCCUUUGUUCACACAGGAAUGCAAAACAUCAUGCCUAUAGGAACACACUUUCCCAAGACCGGCAAAAGGGUAAUAGUGGUCAUCGGUGAUCCAAUCAAUUUUACCGAUCUGCUGAUCAAUAAGGAUGACACUGAAAUUUCUAGAGGGGCUCUAUACGAUGCUGUAUCAUCAAGAAUCAGUCACCGGCUACAAGAAUUAAAAGUCCUAGUUGACAAAUUAGCACUGGAAAACUCAUCAGAAGCACCAGAUAAUUAUCAGAUACAUAAUAAUGAAUAUGGUUAUGCACUUUGGCAACAGGUAGAUUGGGAAGCAUUUGGCAUGGGGAAUCUGAUCUCAUUAGAGGAGGAAGACAACUCCCAUGCUGUUGAUGAGUUAAAGAAGAAACCAGUCCCAAGCCUUGAUCAUACUCGGAAGGCGAAUUCUUUUCAAAAUGUUAGAGUGGGGUUCUCUUAUGAGGGUGGUAUUGUGUCUCGAGUUCGUGGCUACAUGAACCCUACUGAGCUUAUGGGUUUCGCAGCUCGAGGAUUAUUUAUGAACGGCAGAUUAUUGGAUGAAAGCUGCCCCGAAGUUGACGCCAAGAAGCCUCUGAACGCCUGGAAGCAAUUCUUUGAGUCGAAUGUUUUCUCCCAGUGGAAUGGAAUAUGAUUCUCCCGCUGGUAUCCUGUGAAUGUUGGAGGACACAAGGCAUGCAAUUCGCUAUCCAACUCAAACUACUGCUGCCUAACAACAGAUGGUGGGAAUUCAAUAUAACUUAGAUGGUGGAUUCAUGCAUCACCAUGCUCCAAAUUCAGAGGAUAACCCUGUUUAUCCCGCAAAAGUAGGCUAUAGUAUAUUAUAUUAUUUUCCUAGUAAUUUGCUUUAAAUUUUCCACUGUUCUCUUCGGCCUCAUUUGAUAUUUAGGGUUGCAUUGGAUAGUCCAAAAUGAGUAGGCAUUGUUGGGGGAGUGUUUUAGCAGCUCGAGGCAUCGGCAAUCAAAUUAUACUGCUUGAAUGAAAUUUUGAAUUCUAGGCGAUAGAUUGGAAUUGAGUUCAAAAAUUUCUGCAGGUUGUUUCUACCACCUGAUACCUCGUGAGCCGCUAAAACUCUCUCCUCUAAUAUUGCUCCCUCGUUUUACUGUGUGACCGAUCCGAUCCUCGGUGCUAAAUGGGGUCUCUGAAGAACUAUCACAAUUUUGGCAUGGGCAUUGGCAAAUAUGUCAAGCCACUAGUACCAUCCGUUAAUCUUAAAAAACAGCUGUUGUUAAUCUAAUGAAGAAACGCUGCUCUAUCUCACUAUUUGGUUUCA